AUCUGACUUAAAACCAUGAAUCUUAAAGCCACCAAGAUAUUCAAACAUCAUGAUGAAGACCCCUGCCAGAAUUACUUUUUCUCUUUUCAUCUUCAUUAUUAUUUCUGAAAGAAGUUUCUUGGCCAACGCACAAAACACGACAAUCCCAGUUAAUGUUGGUGUCAUUCUUAACUUCGAUACAUUGAAUGGGAAGAUGGGGUUCAGUUGCAUCGACAUGGCCCUUUCAGACUUCUAUGCCUCUAAUCCUUAUUACAAAACUAGGCUGGUUAUUAACUCCAGGGACUCCAAAAGUGAUGUUGUUAGAGCAGCCGCUGCAGCCCUAGACCUGAUUAAAAAUAUAGAAGUGCAAGCCAUCAUAGGUCCGCAAAACUCAACGCAAGCCAACUUUGUGAUUGAUCUUGGUGAGAAAGCUCAGGUACCCAUUGUAUCAUUCUCAGCAACAAGCCCUUCUCUUACCUCCCGUCGAAGUCCAUACUUUUUUCAAGUAGCUCAAAUUGACACAUCUCAAGUGAAAGUUAUAAGUGGAAUUGUUCAAGCCUUUGGAUGGAGAGAGACCGUGCCAAUCUAUGUAGACAAUGAAUUCGGGGAAGGUAUAAUAUCCUUCUUGGUUGAUGCCUUGCAAAAUGUUGAUGCACGUGUCCCUUAUCGAAGUCCCAUUCCUCCAUUGGCCUCAGAUGACGAAAUUGGUGAAGAACUUUAUAAGUUGAUGACAAUGCAAACUAGAGUCUUUAUUGUGCACAUGCCAACCAAUCUCAGUUCUAGGCUUUUCAACAAGGCAAAAGAGAUUGGAAUGAUGAGUGAAGGUUAUGUUUGGAUUACAACAAAUGUGAUAACUAACUCUUUAAGUUUGAUAGAACAAUCAGUCCUCAACUCAAUGCAAGGGGUAUUGGGUGUAAAGACUUAUUUUCCAGAAACUAAAGAACUUGAAAAUUUUACAGCUCGAUGGAAAAGGAAAUUCCAAGCAGAAAAUCCAGCCAUUUUGAAUGCUGAAUUGACUGUUAUAGGACUAUGGGCCUAUGAUGCUGCUUUAGCACUAGCGAGGGCAGUAGAGAAGGUUGGGACCGCAAACUUUUACUUUGAAAAGACAAAUGCUUCAAGCAACUUAACAGAACUUGAAGCUAUUGGGGUCUCUCAAAAUGGUCCAAAACUUUGUGAAGCAUUAUUGGGUAUCAAAUUUAAAGGCCUAGCAGGAAAUUUCAAUCUUUUUAAUGGGCAAUCACAAUCAUCAACUUUCAAAAUAAUUAACGUGAAUGGUAAUGGAGAAAGAGGGGUUGCAUUUUGGACUCCAGAAAAUGGACUCACAAGGAAUGAAUUGAAUUUGAGGAACUCAAGCACAUAUUCUACUUCCAUGAAAAAUCUAGGACCUAUUAUAUGGCCAGGUGAUUCAAGUAUCGUUCCAAAAGGUUGGGAGAUUCCAACAUAUGGGAAAAGGUUGAAAAUAGGAGUUCCAGUGAAGGAUGGUUUUACUGAAUUUGUUAAGGUGACAUAUGAUCCUAGCAGCAACAGAACACAGGUAACAGGCUACUGCAUAGAUGUCUUCAAUGCUGUCAUGGAAACAUUACCAUAUGCCGUUAGCUACGAAUUCAUUCCCUUUGCAAAUUCAAGUGGUGGAAGCGCUGGUAGUUAUGAUGAUAUGGUCUACCAAGUAUAUCUUGGGAAUUUUGAUGCUGUGGUAGGAGAUACAACCAUCAUAGCAAAUAGGUCUAACUUUGUCGAUUUCACAUUGCCAUACACGGAAUCUGGAGUAUCCUUAGUAGUGCCAAUCAACGACAGUGGGAAAAAAAAUGCCUGGGUGUUUUUGAAGCCUUUAAGUUGGGACCUUUGGAUGGCAAGCGGGUGUUUCUUUGUCUUCAUUGGCUUUAUAGUCUGGGUUCUUGAACACCGAAUAAAUGAUGAUUUUCGGGGGCCUCCCUCACAUCAAAUUGGUACUAGCUUAUGGUACUCUUUCUCUACAAUGGUGUUUGCACAACGGGAGACAGUGGUAAGCAACUUGGCAAGGUUUGUGGUAAUCAUAUGGAUUUUUGUAGUAUUUAUACUCACUCAAAGUUACACUGCAAGUUUGACAUCACUCUUAACAGUUCAACAGUUACAACCGACUGUUACUGAUAUCAACCAACUUAUUAAGAAUGGGGAGUAUGUUGGCUACAAAGAAGGAUCUUUUCUUUUGGGAAUCUUACAAGAAAUGAAGUUUGAUAAAACCAAACUUAAGGCAUAUGAUUCUGCAGAAGAAUGUGAUGAACUUUUGUCAAAAGGAGGUGCGAAUGGAGGUAUAGAUGCAGCUGUUUUUGAAAUUCCUUACAUGGAACUUUUUCUCGGUCAAUAUUGCUCCAAGUAUACCAUGGUUGAAUCAAUAUUCAAAACUGAUGGUUUUGGCUUUGUCUUCCCAAUAGGUUCGCCUCUAGUAUCUGAUGUGUCAAGGGCAGUCUUAAAUGUAAUAGAAGGAGAGAAAAUGAAAGAGAUUGAGAAUGCAUGGCUAGGACAGCAAAACAAUUGUACAAACUCUAAUAACCAGGUUUCUUCUGCGAGUCUUAGCCUUGCUAGCUUUUGGGGCCUAUUUCUCAUUGCUGGGGUUGCUUCCUUAUUAGCUCUCAUCAUCUCCAUGUCUAUGUUCCUUUACAAGGAAAGGCAACAAAUCUUGAUCCACUUUCAUUCAGAAGGCUCAAUAUGGAGAAGAAUUCAUAAUACCUUAAGAAUCUUUGAUAGAAAAGACCUCAAUUCCCAUACUUUUAGAAAGAGAGCACUGCAAGACGGAAGUGGCAUUAAUAGUGUUCAUGUUAUAGGUGCAAGUGAAACCUCACCAAAUAGUAACUACCUGCAAUGUCCAUCAAGCUAUUCAACACACAGUGAACCCCCAUUUGCUUGUCGUGGAGCUUCAGAAACGCCUCCUAGAGAAUAUGGUGAUCCCAGUCCAAAUAGUCAAGCAUCUCAAUUAGCGCCGGCUAUUGAGCUAAUGAGCUGCCCAAAUCUUGAGGGAACAAUAACCUUAGAAAUAGCUCAUGAAAAUUGUUGAUAUGCAUUUUAGUAAUAUUUUAGAAUAGUGUCAUUUGUAUCAUACCUCCACUUAAGGAUAUAAUAUAAGAAAAAUUAUCUUAUGAGACGAUUUUAUAAAACAUCUCUCACAUAUGUGGAUUGCACAUAUUGUAAGAGAAAUGUUUUGUGAGAUACUUUUUUUUCA